AUGGAAGACAGUAUUAUUGCACCACAAGCCCUGAAGAUGUACAACGUCAUGUGCCACCUCCUCAGAGCCUGUAAUCCCUUUCCUCUCCCUGCCCCAAACAACACAAGGCAAGCUGCUCGAAGACUUGAACGGUUUACCUCGAUCCUCCAUGUGCUGACCACCAACCAGGAACACGUUGGGGCAAUACGUGUAGAGUUGGGUGUUCGCCACAAUCACCUGGAAGAUGCCAUCUCCAUGGUCCUUCGCCCAAACGCCUUCACACUGGAGUUUUACGGUGUGAACAUGGAGUACUACACUGUCUCGGUUCCAAUUUACAUAGGGAAGGCAACAAGGAUUUUUGGACUGGCAAGGGCAAUCCUCACCUGCGAAGGCGUCAUGAGGCACCACGUCUCCAGGCUGCUGACGGAUGCAGAAAGGAAGAUCUUUGGUGAUCUGAAGCUACUACUAGGAUACAGGCAUGCCGGUUACCACACCGUGGUCGGAUUGUUCGACCCUUGGUGGCGAAACAACCUACCGGCACCACUACCGAAUCCACCAUGA